AUGGACGCCAAAUGGGCAAGGAGGGAGUGGAGCUUUGGUGGCGCUCGGGUGGUAGGGCGGUGGCCCAGUGGUGGAGCGGUGGCUGGCGGGCCGGGUGGAGAUUUCCCAGCGACAAAGGAGGUCGGGCUAGGUGGAGCUCUGCCGGGGAGAGGAGCUGCAGGCGGUGGCUGGCAAGCGGAGCGGCAGCCAAAGGAACAUGCAGCAGCCGGCAAGGAGCUGAGCGGGGAGCUGGCAGAGGGCCAAGGUGGAGCACGGUCGGGGAGUGGAGCUGCGGGCGGUGGUCGGCGAGCGGAGCGGCGGCCGUAUGAACAUGCAGCGGUCGGCGGGAGCGAGCAGCGACCGGCAGGAGUGGAAGCUAGGGACCAAGCAGCGGUCAGCGAGAGCGGAAGCUGGGGACCGGAAUAG